ACUAAUGUCAACUAUUUAAGUUAGCGGCUGCUAUUGCUACACGUCACCUCUCUUCCUAGCUGUCAAACACAAUUUUCAAACAGCCGUAGCUGAAAGCAAAUCAUUGUUAAUUCCAGAAUGGUACUCAACAUCGCCACACACAUGGACUAUGAAGGACAACAUUUGGCCGAAAAAUUAUCGCACAUCAUUGUUGUCGUUUUCGGGGUUAUUGGAUGGAUUAUUGGCUAUGUAAACCAACAGUUUUCACAAACAAUUAUGAUUCUUGGUGUAGGAGUCCUUAUUGCAGCAAUAGUUACACUACCUCCUUGGCCCAUGUACCGCAGAAAACCCCUUAGCUGGAGGAAACCCCGUAAAGAAGUAACCUCAGAUGUCAGCAAACCAGAGAAGGAAGUUGUUGUUGCAGCCCCCAAACCAAAGAAGAAGAAUAAGUAAAUGUCAGUCUGAAAAUUGGUUUUUUUGCCAAUGAAGAAUAAAGCUUCUAUAAACAAAGUUAACAAUCAA